UUGACUUGCUUCUCGUUGUCAUUUCCAGUCAGGAGACAGAGGAGAGUCGGUAGGAAUCGCGGCUGUAGUCGGAGCCGCCGUUAGCCAUAUUUAUUUUGUGGAAAUCAUUUGCAUACUUUCACCUCCCAGACGUCUGGAAAGAGACUUAAAGUAGAGGGAGAAAACGAAGGAGGACGAAGCUUGAAGACGAGACGUCGAGAGAAAGCGGCGGUUUCCAUUGGAUCACCCGAAAGGGGGAGGGAGGAGGAAAGAAAGGCCCGUUUGGAGGAAGAGCUUGCGUUUUUCGUUUUCCCCCCCGGUUGUGGAUUUUGUCGAGGCGGUAGCCUGUGCGCUUAACGGACUGCGAUGCACCGCUUGAGGACUUGUGCUUCACGGCUGCGGCCCCUGACGGCCUCUCAGACUGCCCAGAACUUCUCGCAGCAGAGGCGGGGCCCGAGGACGUUUCAGCCAAUGAGGCGCUACACCGCGCCCGUGGCGGCGGAGCCCUUCCUCAACGGCACCAGCUCCAACUACGUGGAGGAGAUGUACUACGCCUGGCUGGAGAACCCCAAGAGUGUGCAUAAGUCUUGGGACAUUUUCUUCCGGAACGCCAACGCCGGGGCCCCCCCGGGGGCGGCCUAUCAGAGCCCGCCCCCGCUGGGCGUGAGCCUAUCGGGGCUGGCGCAGGCCCAGUCUCUGGUGGGCGCGCAGCCCAACGUGGAGAAGCUGGUGGAGGACCACCUGGCGGUGCAGUCCCUCAUCCGCGCCUACCAGAUCCGGGGACACCACGUAGCUCAGCUGGACCCCCUGGGCAUCAUGGACGCCGAUCUGGACUCUUGCGUUCCGACCGACAUCAUCACCUCCUCGGACAAACUCGACCUCACGGUUUUCAAGAAACGCCUCAGUGUUCUCACUGUCGGAGAGUCUGAUUACCAGUCGCAUUUUAUGGCUUGUCCGAAAGACUGGGAAAGCGGCUUCUAUGGGCUGGAUGAGUCGGACCUGGACAAGGUGUUCCGCCUGCCCACCACCACCUUCAUCGGGGGCAGCGAGAGCGCCCUCCCCCUCAGGGAGAUCAUCCGCCGCCUGGAGAUGGCUUAUUGCCAGCACAUCGGGGUGGAGUUCAUGUUCAUCAACGACCUGGACCAGUGCCAGUGGAUUCGGCAGAAGUUCGAGAAGCCGGGAGUGCUGCAGUUCACUCUGGAGGAGAAGAGGACCCUGCUGGCCCGAAUGGUUCGCUCCACCAGGUUCGAGGAGUUCCUGCAGAGGAAGUGGUCCUCGGAGAAACGCUUCGGGCUGGAGGGGUGCGAAGCUCUCAUCCCCGCCCUCAAGACCAUCAUCGACAAGUCCAGCGAGAACGGGGUGGAGAACGUCAUCAUGGGCAUGCCCCACAGGGGCCGUCUGAACGUCCUGGCCAACGUCAUCCGCAAGGAGCUGGAACAGAUCUUCUGCCAGUUCGACUCCAAGCUGGAGGCGGCCGACGAGGGCUCUGGGGACGUUAAGUACCACCUGGGCAUGUACCACAGGCGGAUCAACCGUGUGACCGACCGCAACAUCACCCUGUCCCUGAUGGCCAACCCGUCCCACCUGGAGGCCGUGGACCCCGUGGUGCAGGGCAAGACCAAGGCGGAGCAGUUCUACUGCGGGGACACCGACGGGAACAGGGUGAUGUCCAUCCUGAUUCACGGCGACGCAGCCUUCGCCGGCCAGGGCAUCGUGUACGAGACCUUCCACCUGAGCGACCUGCCGUCCUACACCACCCACGGGACCGUGCACGUCGUCGUGAACAACCAGAUCGGGUUCACCACCGACCCGCGCGUGGCCCGCUCCUCGCCCUACCCCACCGACGUGGCGCGCGUGGUCAACGCGCCCAUCUUCCACGUCAACGCCGACGACCCCGAGGCCGUCAUGUACGUGUGCAACGUGGCGGCCGAGUGGAGGGCCACCUUCCACAAGGACGUGGUGGUGGACCUGGUGGGGUACCGGCGGAACGGGCACAACGAGAUGGACGAGCCCAUGUUCACCCAGCCGCUCAUGUACAAGCAGAUCAAGAAGCAGAAGGGCGUGCUGCAGAAGUACGCCGAGAAGCUGAUCGCCGAGGGCGCCGUCACCCGCCAGGAGUACGAGGAGGAGAUCGCCAAAUAUGACAAGAUCUGCGAGGAGGCGCACGCGCGCUCGAAGGACGAGAAGAUCCUGCACAUCAAGCACUGGCUGGACUCGCCCUGGCCUGGUUUCUUCACCCUGGACGGUCAGCCCAAGAGCAUGAGCUGCCCCUCCACCGGCCUAUCAGAGGAGGAGCUCGGCCAGAUCGGCCAGGUGGCCUCGUCUGUGCCUGUGGAGGACUUCACCAUCCAUGGAGGUCUGAGCCGCAUCCUGAAGGGCCGGGCUGAGAUGGUGAGGAACCGCACGGUGGACUGGGCGCUGGGGGAGUACAUGGCCUUCGGCUCCCUGCUGAAGGAGGGCAUCCACGUACGGCUCAGCGGCCAGGACGUGGAGAGGGGCACCUUCAGCCAUCGUCACCACGUUCUUCAUGACCAGAAUGUUGACAAGCGGAUCUGCAUCCCCAUGAACCACGUCUCGCCGAACCAGGCGCCCUACACCGUGUCCAACAGCAGUCUGUCCGAGUACGGCGUGCUGGGGUUCGAGCUGGGGUUCGCCAUGGCCAGCCCCAACGCGCUGGUUCUGUGGGAGGCCCAGUUCGGCGACUUCCACAACACGGCGCAGUGCAUCAUCGACCAGUUCAUCUGCCCCGGCCAGGCCAAAUGGGUCCGCCAAAACGGCAUCGUGCUGCUGCUGCCCCACGGCAUGGAGGGCAUGGGCCCAGAACACUCUUCUGCUCGCCCCGAGAGGUUCCUGCAGAUGUGCAACGACGACCCGGACGUGUUGCCCAACAUCACGGAAGACUUUGCGGUGCGUCAGCUCUAUGACUGCAACUGGAUCGUGGUCAACUGCUCCAAUCCCGCCAACUACUUCCACGUGCUGCGGAGGCAGAUCCUGCAGCCCUUCAGGAAGCCGCUCAUCGUCUUCACCCCCAAGUCACUGCUGCGUCACCCCGAAGCCAAGUCCAAUUUUGAUGACAUGUUGGCAGGCACUCACUUCCAGCGCAUGAUCCCGGAGCAGGGCCCGGCGGCCCAGAAUGCCGCGGGGGUGAAGCGCAUCGUCUUCUGCACGGGGAAGGUGUACUACGAGCUCAUCCGCGAGCGCAAGGCCAAGGGCAUGGAGGACACGGUCGCCAUUGCUCGCAUCGAGCAGCUGUCUCCGUUCCCCUUCGACCUGGUGAAGGCCGAGACAGAGAAGUACCCGGAGGCGGACCUGGUGUGGUGCCAGGAGGAGCACAAGAACCAGGGUUACUAUGACUACGUCAAGCCGCGCAUGCGCACCACCAUCAACCGCGCCCAGCCCGUCUGGUACGCGGGGCGGGAACCGGCUGCUGCUCCAGCCACCGGAAACAAGCAGGCUCACCUGCUGGAGCUGAAGCGCUUCCUGGACACUGCCUUCAACCUGGACGCCUUCAAGGAUCACAUCUAACCCCCCCCCACAACCCGUCCUGCCCCCCCAACAGCCCACCACAUCCCAGCGACUGCAUAACCGCCUCCGUCCCGUUCCUACAUAUUCACCCAUGCACAUGUGCGCCGACUCACAUCUUCACCCCGAGCGAAACCGCGUCUUUCACAGUUUCACUCUGAGCGAAACCGCGUCUUUCACAGUUUCACUCCGAGCGAAACCCCCUCCUUCACAGUUUCACUCUGAGCGAAACCGCGUCUUUCACAGCUUCACUCGGGGAGAAACCUCCUUCUUCACAGUUUCAGAGGAAAACCGCCUCCUUCACAGACUCACCUUAGGGGCCACCUUCAGCAGCCAGUCAACAGUCUUUUUUUUUUUCCCCCGCUCCUUCACAGAUACAUCCCUCACAGAUACUCACACUGUUUGGCAGCCCUUGCUCAGGAGGACUGCGCUUUCCGCUGCAGAUUACGAUCAAACCCCAGCAUGUCUGCUCUCUAAAUACAGAUGCCGUGAUCGCCGGCGCCGUGUGUCCCACAUUCGUUUUUACUUUCACUUGUUCCUGCUCUUUCACAGCAUCCGUCAGUCACAGGUGCCACUUCCUGUGGCUCUGACGGAGGGGUUGUUAUUCUAUGGUUUCGCCCCUUUUAGCCAAAGCUCAUAGCUGUGCAGGUUAAUCCCUCUGAGAACAGGCCUUGUGAUUUUGUUUCAGGGUUUUUUUUGGGGGGGGAGGGGGGGGUCUGCAGUUAGUAUCUCCUGGUGUGAGGCGCUGGGAAUCGUGGUUGUUAUUUAUCAGAAGCCUCAGACCACAGACGGUCACUCUGGUGGUUAACCCCAGGAGCCCACGGGGUGGGGAAUUAUGGGAUACCAGUUCAUGUCUCUGUUAUUCCUGGUCCUAGUCCAGGCUUCGCAAUGUCACCCCCCCCUCCCCACUUUAUAGUUCCUGAAAAAUCGAGCCCUUGCCCCCCCCCACCUCCCCUCCAGUCGAGUAGAGUCUCCACUCUCAUCAGUAAUGGGUCUAAUUUUUUUCUGAUCGAUUUGAAUCACUUUUUGUAUUGUUUUUGAUUUAUUCUUAGUAAUCGGCUCAUGGUUUUUUUUAAAAGGAAGCGUUUGAAUCUGUGGAUUCUCGUUUUGCGGUUCUUAGCUAACGACGCGUUUAUCCGCUUGCACUGCAGAGAUUUUAAUGAGGGUACAGAAAUAGGAAAUGAUCGACUUGUAGAACGACUGCACUGUAUCUAUACGAGACAUAUUUACGCUGGAGGUGGCGUUUGUGUAUUAGAGUGAAUGUCGGCGCACUUGGGGGUCUGACUGAGUUGACUGGCUUUUCGUGCGCUCAGCUGUCCUGCUUUGGGACGGGGUGCGUUUAAACUGACCAUCUCACUCCUGCCAAUCAGAUGCAUCAGAGAAGCACCUGCCCUCGGUCCGGCUCAUCAGCGUCCUCUUCAGCUCAUUAAAACUUGCUUUUCUUUUAAAAACGGUCAUGGCGUCUUUCCUUCAUCUUUCUCUCAUCCCUCCCUCUCUCUCUCUCCCUCCCUCCCUCUCUCACUACCUCCCUCUUCACUUUUCUCUCCGGUGCCAAAAAAAAAGAAAGUCAUGUUUAUUGGAUUAGGAAAUUAACAUUACUAGGAGAAAGGUGAGGAAAAAGAAAUUUACGUGCUUUCAGAAAAAAAGUAGAACUUUCUAGAAGCAAAAUGAACAGGGAAACAAAAGCUGUAUUCGGAACACUAUUUGGGACGAAGCAUCCAAUUUUAUUUAUUUUCAAAAUGGGUGAUUUUGCUUUUUUCCACUAUUAUUUUGCUUCAUUCAAUAAAGACAUUACCUUCUCA